UCACUUCAUUUGUAGCCCUGGCCAUCCCAGGUUAAAAAAAUAAUUUCUCCUUUUUGUUUUUUCGACAACAAAAGUCUAUUUUUCAGGUUUCAUUUUCAAAUUAAAAUCACAGGUCUAUUUUUUCUUCCGUCGUGUUUUCAUUUUAAAUCAUCAUCACUGAUCAUGUCAUCAGCAAUCUCUCAGCUCUCGUGUUACCAUCCAAUCAAGCACAGACUACAAAGACACACCAAAUCAACCCCAUGUCCCAGUCUUCGUCAAAAGGUAUUGGUUGUUAUGAGCCAUGAUGGAUAUGGCACAGAAAAAUCCAGGUCAGAAGCUAAGACCACUAUAAGUUAUUCAGCAGAAGCAUCAAACUCACAUAAUGGAAGGUCAACAAAGUCAUAUCCAACUACAAAAGAACAUGCUGCUGUACAUGAACAUCUUAUCACUCAACAGAAAAGGGCAGCAAAGAUCCAUGAUUUCUGUUUUGGAAUUCCCUUUGGGGGACUUGUGUUUUGUGGGGGGCUUGUUGAUUUUAUUUUUUCAAGAAAUCCUGCCACUUUAAGCACCAGUGUACUUUUCGGAGGUGCUUUGCUGACCCUCAGCACUCUUAGCUUAAAGUUCUGGAGACAAGGAAAAUCCAGCUUUCAGUUCAUUCUAGGACAAGCAGUACUCUCUGCCGUCCUUAUCUGGAAGAACUUUCUGAUAUACUCAUUGACAAAGAAAUUAUUUCCAACAGGCAUUUUUGCCGUCAUUAGUGCUGGUAUGCUGUGCUUCUAUCUGUAUGUGGUGACAUCUGGAGGGAAUCCACCACCAAAGAAGUUGAAGUCAUCUGCCGCUGUCUCAUCAGAGUAAGAACUCCAAGAGAAACAAAACAUUACAUAACUUUCAAGACGGUUUGGAACCAAUUAGGGAGCUGAAGCAUUGAAUGAAAUGGGAAACAAAGAAAAUCAUCUGUCAUUGAUUGAAGAUGGAUAAGCACUUUGAUCCAACCUAUGUCGAUUGGAUCCAUCUACCAUUCAUCAAACUCGGGAAGGUUGGAUUGAUUCGUCUUGGACCUGGAUCAGUUCACCUUUUGUUUUCCAGCAAGUUUCACUAAUCAAUUCCAAAUGUGGAUCAAUCCAACCAGCAUAAGCUGGAUCGGUGUUACUUCACUAAUUAUUCCAAAUGUUCUCAUCCUGAUCAAUCUAACUAACAACAAUUUUCUCUGUUAA